AGGAAUGGGUGGCGAUAAGAGAGAGGGAAAGGUCACAGGAGAUCCGCGGAGGCUGUGACGGACGAGCCGCCGGACCAGAAUACCAUCUAACUCUUCGUCCACUCGCGCUGAUCAUAAUAAAGGCGAGUUAAUAGGGACGAGGUGGAAACAAAGAAAGGGUGAAAGGCUGAGAACGAGAGAGAGAGAGAGCGAGAGAAGGAAAUCUUCCACCUUUUUCCCGUAUUAUUCUCGAUCGCCUUCCCUCUCGCUUCAUUUGAAACUGCCCUUCUAUUCUUGAUCCACUGUUCCUCUCCAUAUAUUUCCUGCUCGUGUUUGUAUAGAUUCACGCCAUCCUAUAUUUCAGGGUGAGAUGCAUGGUUUGGUCCACUGAUCGAUCCGUAUUCGGUAGGGGAAGGGGAAUGGCGUUAACAGCAGAGGCGACGGCGGCGGCAAAAGCGGGGUAUGUGACGAGAAGAGGGGAGAAGGGCGGCGGGGCGGCGCCGUUGUUCCGAGCGGACUACAUGUUUUGGUGGGAGCAGCAGGGGGAGUUCAUGGAGCGCCGGCAGCUCUUCCUUCGGAGCUACCACUUCUCCCGUAGGCAGGGCCCUCGUGAGCGGGUGCGCCGCACCCUGCUCCGCGUCCGCCGCCUCGUCUGGGCCCGCCUCCGCGCCGCCCGCCGUCUGCCUCGCCUCCUCUGGGCCAAGCUCCGCGCCGUCUUGUCCGGCGGCGGAGUCGGCCGCAGGAGGCGGCGCUCCCACCGCCUCGGCUCCGUCCAGUUCCAGCGGCUGCGACACCGACGCAGCGCCAGCAACAGCAGUAGCGGCUCCUCCGCCGAGUGGUCCAGCUGGUGACCGCAUGGAUCACACACGGAGGAAGCAGUAACGUCAGCAAUCAGGAAGCGGAAGCAGAGGCUGCCGCUGCUUCGUUGUCAUCUACUGUUCUUUGACUUCACCUACUACGUAUGCUUUACCUGCUUUCCAUAUCGUCUCAUGUGAACAAACAUUACAGUCAUGUCCUUCUCUGCACCGGAGUGCGAAAUAUUGCCGGGCUGCUAACGUCGUUGGUACCGAGGAGCUUCCACCACCAGCUUCUUCUUCCUAUCGCAUCAAAAGUCGCGCCAACCCAACAAAUGGAAGCAUCUUGAAUCGUUUCAAAGGAUGUAAAUCUAAUCCAACGAUUUCCUCUUGGUCUUCGGUCA